AUGUGCUCGAAAGUCUGUGCGCAAUCGCUUGGACUUGAUUACUGGAGCCAGACGACAGAUGUCCAAUUGUCAAAUGUCGGUUCGGCUAUAGGGACAACGGCUCCAUUCGAAGCAUUCUGGAAAAUUGGGAAGUGCAAGUCCCCACAAUCCUGUCGGUUGCAGACGAUGUGUGUCUACUACACAGGAGCAAGUUGCCUGGUCCAGGGUUUUCUCGGAAAUGCGGACCGUUUCUUCAAGAACGCAGUUAUGAACCAGCUUGCGUACGACGUUCUGCAGGCUGUUCACCCAGAGGUCUCUGUAUUUUUGAGAGCAGACGGCUCCCAAGUGAUCCCAACAGCUUGGCUGAUCGAGAGAUGCGGCUGGAAGGGCAGGAGAAUUGGCCGCGUGGGAGUGUAUGACCAGCAUGCUCUCGUCAUAGUGUACUACGGCAGCGUGAAUGGCUUUGAUGUCCUGGAGUUUGCCAGUCGAAUACGGGAGGGUGUGAUGGGCCGAUUCGGCAUAUGGCUUGAGUUUGAAGUAAGGAUCGUCACAGAAGUUCCGGUGAUCAAGAAAUCCGUAAGCUCAGACUGA